AUGAAGAGGGAUAUAAAUGAGUUAGAUAAUGUUAGUCUUGAAUCUAAGAAACAGAACACUGCUGUGACAACCAAUAGAGAAGUCUCUACAGUUUUAGUACGCAAUUUGCCGAGAAACUAUAAUAACUAUAAACUAAAAAAGUAUUUCCAACAAUGUGGAGAAAUAAAACAAGUGGAUAUGAUAUUUACGAAAGAAAAGGAUGCCAAAGUUGCGCGUAUUGAAUUUGUAUCUUUUGAUGGAGCAUUAAGUGCUCUAACGAAAUCAUUAAAAGUUAUUGGCAGCAACAAAAUUAUAGUUGAACAUUUGCGUAACUCAACAAUAUGGAUUACGAAUUUCCCUCCAACUUUUCAAGUCCCUGAACUAAGAAAUUUAUUUGCUUCACUAGAUGGCUAUUGUCUAAGUGUCAGGCUACCAUCACUUAGGUUUAAUUCCAAUCGGCGGUUUGCAUAUAUAGACAUGGAUACUAAUGAACAUGCAGUAAAUGCCGUCGAAAUGCUUCACCAAAAGGUUAUAGAAGGAUAUAAGCUGAUUGUUAAGCUAUCCAAUCCUAAUGAAAAGAGUGCAAGGACAGACGCUGCGACUAUGGAGUGUAGAGAGAUCUAUAUUCGCCAUUUAGAUAACAAACUUGUUACUCUCGAGAAAUUGACAGAGUUAGUUAUGCCCUUUGGUCCUAUAGAAAGAAUCAAUAUGCCUUGCAAUGGUUCCAUAUCUAAGGAUGUUCACAACAAUGGAUAUGCAUUUGUGGCUUAUAAGUCUGCUGCAGAUAGUACAAAAGCCUUACAGUUGAAUAACUCUACAUUCGAAGGGAAAAUUAUAAAAGUCAGUAUAGCAGACAGAAAAGCUUACCUAGAAAGGCAGCGUGUCAAAGAAUUACUUAAUACCAUGAAUUUUCAUUCUAAUAUUAUUAGUAUCUUCCCUUUAUCGGAUAAAAUUUCCAAGGCUCAAAUUAAAAGUAUGCUAAAGGAAAACUCUUCAUUUCUUAAUGACGAUUUAAUAAAAGAAAUCUUUCUGGUAUCGGAUCACCAGGGUGCCUUGAUUGUUUUCGAAGACGAUAAAACAGCCGCCAAAGUGACUUUAGCUUUGAAUGGCUGCAAAAUUGGUGAUCAAAUUUUAAAAUGUGGAUCUAUCCAAGAUUUGAUUCGAAGCAAACAGCUGAUGGAAGCGAAUAAUACUAAACAUAUUGUACGAUUACCUGUAGUUCGUACUGAGUCAACUGUCAAGUCUUCGAAAAAGCUAACCAAUGAAGACUUCCGGAAAAUGCUUUUCCAACGAUAA